AUUCCAGGCGUCGUCGUAAGGUCUCUAACCUCUAUGAUUUUCUUCGGCUCCAACGUCGCCUCGAUUAUUGGACAAUAGUUAAGAUUGUAAUAAUCUGACGUCCUGAAGCUUUGCGCCUUUUUUUUGGGAGGAAACUGAAGAUCAAAAUUACACAAAGAAGCCUCUUCCUACACCAUCAAUACGUUUUCUCCCUCUAGUAUUUUUUUCCCUCCCAUUAUAUAUCACACGAUUCUCUCUGAAGCAACUUAGAGGGGUUUGAUCCUUAAAUCCCAUUAACUGGUGGUAACAAACUCCAUCUUCCUCAUCUUAUACCUGACCGUUCCUCAGCCCCGAAGGACUCCUUGCUAUAGUCCUCUGAGACGGGGUCCAUUGGACGGUUUCCACCAUUAACUAACGUUGGCUCUUCUAACAUGGUAGCCACAGCCUUUUUUGUGUGGUCGUAGAGCUGUCCAUCAUUGAGGAUCUAUAUACCCCCCCAUCUGCCCCUCUUUUGUUUUAUUUUUCUUCCAAUUUUUAGCCCAUUACCUACGUAAAGACGCGCUGAAGGAGAAUUUUGGAUAGUCCGUGCUAUGAUGGGGUCGGGACCUAUAGAUCCCCACGAGCUCCUGAAAGGACUGGAUUGUUUCUUGGGACAAGAUGGUGAAGUGAAGGCCCCUGAAGGAAUGACAAAGAUUUUCACUUUAAUGAAGGAGUCUCGGAAGAUGGUCAGCCGCUGUAUUUACUUGAACAUUGUGCUGCAAACAAAUGCACCCGAAGUUCUUUCCAAAUUUAUCCGGGUCGGAGGUUACAAGUUGCUGAACAGUUGGCUGACGUACGCCCGAACAAAUAACAACAGCCCUCUGCUGCAUCAGAUUCUCCUAACGCUCCGGCACCUGCCGCUGACCGUGGACCACCUCAAACAGAAUAACACAGCCAAGCUUGUGAAGCAGCUCAGCAAAUCUAGCGAGGAUGAAGAACUUCGGAAGCUCGCCGGUGUUUUGGUCAGUGAGUGGAUGGCGGUGAUCAGAACUCAGAGCAACCUAAUCCCUCCAGACAAGGACAAGAAAAAGAAGAAAGAUGAGCCCAAGGGCCGGUCACCUGUCCCUGACAAGUCCCCUGAGGCCAAAACCGAAGCAAGAGCAGAGGAGCCAGGAGAUAAAAAGCGGGAGAAGCCGAAGGCUCCUCGCACGACAGCGCCCAGCCACGCCAAGUUCAGGUCCACUGGUCUUGAGGUUGAAGCUCCAUCGCUUGCCCCGGCCAAGAAACCCCCUGUCGUUCCUGUUAUAUCCGACAAGUACUUGAAGCCGGUCCCUGUGAAGAGGCAAGGAUCUCUUCCAACGCCUUCCGACGCUCCUCCUGCUGAGAAAAAAUACAAGCCUCUCAACACCACUCCGAACACCACCAAAGAGAUCAAAGUGAAAAUUAUUCCCGCCCAGCCUAUGGAGAGUUUGGGCUUUUUAGAUGCGCUGAAUUCUGCCCCUAUUACUGGACUGAAGAUUAAGAAGAAGAAGAAAGCGGUUUCUCCAACCAGUAAUAAGUCAAGUCCAUUUGACAGCAAAUCCCCCGGCGACACCAACAGCAUCAACAAACCCUCCUCACCGGAUCCAGAACCCGCGGUGGAAUCGAUGGACGUGGACCGACCGGGGACGCCGGUACCGGCUGUAGAGCUUCCAGAACCUAUGGAAACCUCCGCCACUCCUCUCACAUCUGCCGAUGCCAAACCAGCGGAAGGAGAGGCCUCGCAGCUCACGAAGAAAGGAAAGAAGAAGAAAACGGUCAGCUGGCAAGAUGAAAGCCGUCUGAGGGAGUACUUCUACUUCGAGCUGGAUGAGACCGAGAGAGUCAACGUAAACAAGAUUAAGGACUUUGGUGAAGCGGCAAAGCAAGAAAUGCUCAAGGAUCGUCAGGCCUUCCAGACGGCCCGGCGCCUGAGUCACGAUGCUAUGGAGGAGACCAUCCCCUGGGUCCUGCCGCGGCCCAUCAGCCUUCCUGGGGCCCUGGUGCAAAUCGGCAGCAACAGCACCGAGAAGCACACCCAGGCUGAGAGGGAGAUGGGGAUUCUGCAGGAGAUCUUUCUGUCCAAGGAGAGCGUUCCUGACACUCCCCACGAACCUGACCCUGAACCGUACGAACCGUCACCGCCUAAACUUAUACCGCUGGAUGAGGAUUGUUCUAUGGAUGAUGGCGUUUAUCCUGAACCUCUGGACCAGAGCGGGGCUUCUCAGUCACCAGACAUGGCAGGCGGUGCAAAGCUGCCCCCUGUCCUCGCUAACCUGAUGGGUAGUAUGGGCAAUUCCAAGGUGCAAAACAGCCCUCUGCCAGGCACCAUGCAGGAGAUCCUGACAUCCAUAAUGGGAGCGCAGGGAGCCGCCAAUCCUGAAGACCUUAUGAAGCAGCCGGAUUUCUCGGACAAGAUCAAACAGUUACUCGGAUCCUUACAGAAUCAGAACCAGAACCAAGCCCCUCCAGGACCUGUUCCACAAGGAUUAUUGGUGCCGAUGCCCGUCAACAAUGGCUUCCCCCCGCCUGCUCCAAAAAAUCCACCACAGCAGCCCCCGCCGCAGCAUCAGCCACCCCCUCAGCAUUACCCACCGCCAGGACCUGCUGGGCCCUUUCCAGGUCCACAUGGUCCCCCAGGGGGUCCGCGCAUGAUGGGGCCGCCUCCGCCACCACAACGCGACGGUUACUGGGAACCCCCACCUAAUGAGAACAUGAGAGGAGGAGGAGGAGGACCCCAUGGUGGAGGCGGAAUGAGAGGAGACCGAGGACCUCCACCACCUUUUCACAGGAGAGGAGGGAGAGGAGGAGACCCUGGCUACAGGGGUAGAGGUGGUCGUGGAGGUGACAGAGGACCUCCUGGAGGCGGGAGAAAUGGCCCACAUGGCAUGAGUCAUGGUGGCGAUCACAGAGGCCACGGAGGAGACCACAGGGGACACGGCGACCACAGAGGUCACGAGGGAGGCCACAGGGGACACGGCGACCACAGAGGACACGGAGAGCACAGGGGACACGGCCACGGCGGAGACAUGUCCGGCCGUCCUUUCUGCCGACACUUCAUGAUGAAGGGCAACUGCCGCUACGAAAACAACUGUGCCUUCUACCACCCGGGCAUCAACGGCCCCCCGCUGCCCUGAGACACCCCCGCCCGCUGUCUCUCAAUGCGCGCUGUUUGACGGGAGAACAAACGCGAUUAAAGGACAAUCUUUUUGGUUUCGUAUUUUUUAAUGGCUUCCAUGAGGCCCUAUCUCUAUCCUUCAAUCAGCCAGCUUUGGGGAGCGCGCUGACGGACUGCGACCCCAUCUCCUCUUUAACA